GCAAUCGCAUCGCAUGUGGUGUUUUGUUUUGGUUUUGCUUCGCUGAGCUUUUGCGGUUUUGCCUGUAGCUCAAGCUCAAAAAAUAUAUAAAGCAAACAAAAACACAAUUUGUUUUGCAAUGUAUUUCGCAAAGGUUUAAAAAUUCCUUUUACCAGUCGUCAUGAUGCAGCGUGUAACUCUGCUACUGUCUGGUGUGCCUCAAUAUGUAACUCUUACGGAACUAAGUUGCAACUUAGAUCGUUUAUUUAACACAGAUGAGAUUGGGACGUUUAAGAUACGCGAUUUACCUAAUCACCCUCAAACCAACAAGCGGCAAAUAGCUCUAGACUUUUUAUCAAGUUUUGAUGCUAUGGUCGCACAAGGAAAGUUAGAGGGUUAUGAGUACACAAUGAAAGACGGCCGGCAGUACACACUGCGGGCUAAAAUCAAUAAGUCUGAGGAAUAUCAGUGCAAGAAUUCCCUCAUCCCAGAAGAAAGUGGCAGUACAAUCUGGUAUGGAGCCGACUGGCAGACUUUGGCAUUGCUACCCAAUGUGGAUGGAGAAAUGUACCAUAGAGCUAAUGCUCAACUUGAUGCCCAACUUGAUUUGUUGAAAAAACAGCAGCUAGUAAUAGAAAAAGAGAAAGAAAUACUAAGAGAGAAAAGGAGACUGAAGCGGGAAUAUGGUAGUAUGGUUAGUUCUUUCUGUCAGUAUGAGAUUCCUUCCUGGCCGUGGAUGGAGCAACUUUACCAGUAUAUUGAGCAUGCAUAUGAUGAAAGUGAAGCGUCAUCUUCCAAACGCUCGCGUUCUCGAUCGCGGGACCGACGCUCCAACUCUAGGUACAGGUCAAGGUCACGAGAGAGAGUUCACCAUGAUUCAAGACGCAGAUCAUCUAAAGACCGUGAAUCAAUAUUACCACAAAUCGAGUGGCACGACGAAGAGCGAGCAAAAAGAAGUGAUCAUAGGUCACGCUCUAAAGAUAGGUCAAUGUCAUAUGAAAAGCGGACCAGAGAUCAAAAAUCCGGUUCAAGAGAGUAUAAAGACCCAGGCUCUCGAAAAGGGUCUAGACAGAGGUCAAGGUCAAAAGAGCGUCAGGAUGACAGUCGAUCUUCCCGAAACAGAAGAAUUCGUAGAGACCGAAGAUCUAGAUCAAGAGAGUCGGUUCACAGAGAAAGCUCAAAAGAACAAAUAACGCGGUCAUACGAAGGGCGUCAUAAAAAUAACAGAUCCUCACGGGAGAGAAAUUACAGAAACCUCCGAUCUACGUCAAAAGAACGAAGGGCAUCGAGAGAUGGAAGGUCACGAUCGAAAGAGCGUUGGUCAAGGUCUAACGAACGGGGCCAUUUACGCCGGAGGUCUUGUUCGAGGGAAAGAGCUUAUAGAAACCUAAGGUCUUGUUCGAGGGAAAGAGCUUAUAGAAACCUAAGGUCUACAUCGAGAGAACGAUAUUAUAGAACGCAAAGGUCUAGAUCUAAAGAGCCAACAAGAUGGUCAAGAGAAAGACGGUCACAUUCAAGAGAACGCAUGACGGGUUCCCACGAAAAACGAUCAACGUACCGGCGAUCAAAAUCACGGGAUCCGAAUACUCAUAUCAGUGACCGAAGUACUCGUAUCUCAAGUACAUAUUGGCAUCCCAGAAGGUCAAGGUCAUGUGAAAGAAGACCUAACCUACCACUAGCUAUAAUGCCUGGGAGCCCUAAACGGCUUAAGUCACCAAUUGGGAUUAAAAUAGUUUCAUAUGAGGAAGAUUAUACACCAAUAAAUAACAUGAAUAGUAAAACAGGUGUUCAGGUUGAUAAAGAAUUUAUAAAAGUAGAAAAUGAGGGCGAAAAUACAGUUCAGGAAGAAGCUACACCUGCAAACAAAAAUAAAACAUGUAACAUUAUGAAAGAUAAAAAACAGAAAAACAAGGAAGAAAAAAGGAUAGCUAAAUUCAAUAGUAAAGUAAAAAAGGCAGAUAUGUUAGAAGCUAAAGUUAAAGAAUUUGCCAAAGAUGUUAUGGUCCUACUCAUCAUAUUACUUGAAGAAUUGAUGAAUAAGGAUAAGUUUAGAUUAUCAGCCUCUAACAAAGUGCUAUUGUUAAAAAAACUAGAAAGAGUAGUGGAAGAAAGAAUCGAACCGCUAGCGAGGUCGAAAAAGAGCACAGAUGUUGAAGUGCUGAGGAAAUAUAAGAAGCUAUAUCCGAGGGAAGUUGAUUUACUGUUGAUAAAACAAAUGCUGGAUAAGAUUCCUAAAAUAAAAGUGCUAGAACCUCAAUCGGCUGCUACUGUUACUUCCGAACAUUUGGUGCCACAUACGCUGGAUACCGAAAUCUGGAACGUGGAAGACGUAGAAGAGCAACAAGACCACAGGAAUAAUUUGACACUACCCGAAAAUGAAAUACCAAUUAUAAGUAUAAACGAAAACUUAUCACACAUCCAACAAGAACCAACAAUAAUUGAUUUAGAUUUAGACACUGGAACAUCUUCACCAAUGAUUAAAAAAGAAAAGAUUGAGGUCGAGGAAAGACCUGUAACUAUCGAUAUAGACAGCGCCGAAAAACCGGUGCCAAGGCAUCCUCAGUUCAUUGUCGUCAUCAAAUGCCUCGUUAAGAAAAUGAACAAAGUGGGACUUCGUCAACUUUUGCAUAAAAAUAAUCUAAAAAUUGUACAUUUUAAUUUGGCACUGAGGCAUAUUUUGAGACAUAUGUUGAAAGGGCAAGGAUACGUACCCAGACUAGAAAUUAUUUCUAAAUUCCGAGAAGUGUACCCAUUGGAGAAAGAUGAAGAAUUUGUGAAAAAUGUCAUCAAAAACAUCAAAGGUGGGAAGUAUCCUGGAUGUAUGGACGUAGUUGAAGUGAUAGAUAGUGAUAAUGACAUCAAUGAUAGUCCAGAUGAAGUGGUUCUCAUAGAAAAACCUCAAAUUCUUGUAACUGUGCCAGAUAGCGAUGAUGAAGAGGAUAAGAAGCCAAUAAUUGAAGUAACUAAUCUCGAAUGUGGCCGUACACGAGAUAUGCCUUCACUUAGUCCAGAAAAUCCUGGUUCAAACGUACGGUCGGUAGAUUCCCCUUCACCUGGGCCAAGCCAAGCCACUGUUGUUGCAAAUCCUGGCCAAACCGUCAGCAGCCCAGUCAAUGGCAACAUAGACAAGCCAGCUCAAGAUAUGCCUAGUUCGGUCAAUUCUAGUCGCGCCGAGGUAACUCCUCCCUGCCAUGCUCAAGCCAUGAAAGACGCAACCAAUCUUGGUCUGGACACGACGGGCCCUGCAAAACUCGGUCCAAAUAAACAACUGGCCAAGAAGGAACCGAAAAAGACCGCGACCGCUGUGGACGCGGAGGAUAUGCACAUCAUAAAAAGUAAAGAAGCUCUACAUUCUCCCGAGCCCAGUGACAACACAAUUCAACCUGGCACAGCAAGCGCAACAGAAAUUCAAUUAAUAGACAGUCAACAUUGCGCUGAAAGGAUUGAGGAAAGGACGAGUCAAACACCUAACGAUUACUCUAAAGAUAAACAGAGAGAAAACAGCAAUGUAACAGAAUAUGACAACGAUAAAUUAAAAGACGAACCAGUUCAAGACAAUCUCAAUACAAAAGAGAAUAAAGAAGACACCAACAGCAAUAAAUUAAAAGAGGUUUCCGUACAAGACAACCUCAAUUCAAAAGAAAAUAAAGAAGAAAACGACAGCAAUAAUCCAAAAGUUACAGCGAUUACUAUUGUGACAUCUAUAGAUGACCUACUGGCUAAAACUACUAAUGCCAAUAAUUCAGAAGAUGUCCCAGUCCACGACAUUAAAGAAGAAUUGGAAUAUGAGGAAGAUAGACCUGACAAUUCUUCUCUGGAGCUUGUGCCAGAUAGUGGUCCUGUAGUAACAUCUAUUACUAUAAUGACGUCAGAUGCCGAGUUAUAUUCAAUAGGCCAGGAUGGUCAUAGAAAUGUUAAUAAAAUUAAGAAUGAAGAAGACGCGGACGAAAAUUUACUUAAUGACAUUGAACGAGACAUUAAUAACGAUAAGUUUAGCUUAGAAAUUAACAAAGAGUAUAGUUUUAAUAAUAGUAUACAAUCGGGUACUGUAGAACAUAACGUCAGUGUGAUAAAUUCGGAAUUUACUAGUGAUAAUAUAAUUAUACCUGAAGAGAACAAAACAGAGGAUGAUGAUGAAACUAUAGAGUCUAUCGGCAGAUUUGUGGCAUCUAUGUAUUAAAAUACCUUAUUAGCUUUACGUCAAAGAUACUCAUCUACGAAUUGUCAAGCAAACUCUUUAAGUUUUAUAUUAGAAAUUCGCCUGUUACUACAUUUCCAAUGUAGUAGUUGACCCCCUUAUUGUAUGAUAUCCUAUAUUUGUUGUGGUUACACUAUAGGCAGUAACGAAAUAGAUUAGGUAUAAAGUAACUUGCAUGUCAAGUUAAACAACAGGUUGUUCAUUACCAUAGCGAUAUUUUAGCAUUACUAUUAUAUUCUCUAGUCUAUAGUGAAGGUAAGAAUCCAUGAGAGAUGAGUGUGUAUUGAUCCGGCAUUUCUUUUGUUGUUCUUUUUGAUGGAACUUUACCAGGUCAUCUCUGGUGGAUACUCCCCCUACAACUAGGAAGCGCCCGAGGCCAAAAACCGUGAUGUUAAUUAUCCAGAUGUUAUAGUCAUUAGUAUAUAAAGAUUACGUACACUUUUUUAUUAUGUUUCUUAUUGAGUUAAAAUGGUUAAUAAGGGUGUUACUCGUAUUAGAUCUACCUUUUGCCAGAAAUUUUCUACUAUUUUACUGCUACGAGCGAGAUGGAAAUAAUAUAUUCCUCUGUUCCUCUUUGCAGAAAGUUUCCGGCGACCGUAUAGAUCUCUAUUAUAACCCUUUUGUUUUUGUUGUAGUAAUUGUGGCUCGACAAAAAUACGUAAUACGUUCAUAAAAUAUCGGUUACGCGCUAGCUAUGAAUGUGUUUUGUUUUAGCUUAUAUUUGCCACAUGGAUAUUUUUACAUUAUGUAAGAGAUCGUUUCAUUUAGUAUGUAUAUUUUGGCGGUUGAACCGCCAUCAAAAACGAAUGGAGCCAUUGACAGUAACAAUUAACAAGGGAUAAACUACGGUGUUACUGCCGAAUUAUUAGUGCUAAAGAAAACUAGAGCUUUUAUUUCUACACUUUACUAGUCGUAUAAAUACAAUUAGUAAACGCCAUUACUCGUAUUUGCAUUCCGUUCCGUAGUAACAUCUGCAUCUGGAUGUUACUGUUAACUGAAUGCAAAUAGUACUUAAUAGCUCAAUACGGAAUUUUCCACUUUGAUAUUGAGCUUUAUAAAGAAGCCAAAUGAGUCAAAAACGUUCGGUAAACCGCGCAUCUUUCCUGUGGACAUAAUAAAAGUUAGCUAUUUGAGAACAUUUUACUUUAAAGUUUUAUUUUAAGGUUUUAAUCACACAGCUUAAAAGAAAUAGAAGGCUUAAUCAUGUUAAUUUGGAUUUGGCAAGGAAAUUAGGCUAUAAAUUCCAUUAAUUUAUAAUGUCCACAGAAAAGACACCCUUAACCCAUACAAAUAAGUUUUUGACCCAAAUAAAUGAUAAAUUAUGAUGCGUA